UUUUUGUAUCUAUUAGUUUGGUGUUGACUAGCAAUUGGAUGUCCAACAAUGAAAGGUUCUCUUUGAACAAAUUAUGCUCUCUUUCUAAUUGUCUAGAGGUUGAAUCUGAGGCACCCAGAAAAAGUUCGUCCCAGGAAGAAGGAAGGGAGGACUCAUGCUAGGCUGCAGCUCUGAUGGUAACCUCGACGAGGCCGGCUUCAGCCGCCCGAUGCCUUGGAUCGGCCUCUAUAUCGCAGUGGCCUCCCUGGCCUGCGGCCUCGCCAUGGGAGCUGACGCCCUGACCGCCUUCCGCUGCCGGAAGUUCUGGUUCCCCUGCCGCUACUUGUCCCUCAACGCCACCUCCCUCACCGUCAUCUCUGUCGCCAUCAAGCUCUCUGUCGACCUCAACACCGCCAUGCCCCGGCAGCAGGACCAGCUCUCCAAGCUCAGCUCCUCUGCCCUCAUCUGCACCGUUAUGGCCAACUCCAUGCCAUCCCUUGGCAACAUGGGAAGCGGGGAGCUCCUAAGUAAUAUAAUAGCACUUGCAAUCCUGGUUAUCACCGCGAUCGUGAAUAUCUCGAUUCAAAUCAGCACCGGCGUGAUCUACACCUUCCUCCGGGAGCACAUCUUCCUCAUGUUCCUGAUGCUGCUGCUCCUGCUGAUGUUGAGCUUCUCGGCCAUGACAGUCCCCACCACAAAGACUUACUUGGAGAUGAAGUACUGCAAGAAACACGAGCUGACCCUUAAGGAGAAAGACAGGAAGUCCGAGACCGUGAUCGAGAGACUGAAGGAAGACCUCAUGAAGUACUGGAUGAUGGCCUACACUGGGAGCCCACAGUUUGUUGUUGGCCGGUCGGUGACCUGCACUGCCUCGGGUGCACUUUGUCUGUUAAGCGCCACGGCUCUGGCGGAAGCAAUGACCAGGUCUUACGUUAUGGCUGGACGGUUCAAGUUCUGCACAGGAGAAUCGGACUACGGGUGGUCGAGUACCAUGAUACUCAUUGUGCAGACGAUAGCAGUCGGAAUUGGUACGAUCGCCCCGGCCCUUAGAUGGUUUGUGGCAAUUAAAUUCAAGUGCCCGAAGAUGGUUAAGAAGAGCUUCAAAGACGAUUUCAAGCUCGAGAAGUACUGGAUCAAGAUGCUCGUUGAGAUGAAGGAGUGCCCAUUUUUUCUCCAGUUUCGGAGCAGGCAAUGCAGGAGAAUGAUCCACGGGUUGAAGAAUGAGUUCCUUGGGUUCUGCAUCCGAUUACAGGCAGGGAUUGUGUUGGGUAGCAAGGUGAUUAGGCUCAUUUCGAUUCUGUUCAUGAGCCAGAUUUUGAUCUCCUGCCAGUUCAUCAAAGAGCUGACGAGCAAGUUUGAGUCAAAGAACAGCAUUGCAAAUGAGGAUUCACAUUUGAGCAUGGAUCGAGCACUAAAGCUUGAUCUGAGUCGUUAUGUUCUUCAUCUUGAGGGCGAGGAGGAACUAGUCCACUCGAUGAUGAGAAAUAACUGGAAUACCACGGAGCAUUUUGUUAAGAUGGGAAAGAAGAAGGAGCCAAAGUAUCUCAUUCGACUCCUGGAGGACUAUCAUUCCCAUGGGUUCGGAGGAGUUUUAAAGUUCGACAGUGACCGUGUCUCGACCAUAUAUCAUGCAGGAGAAGAACCCCCAAGGUGUUGGGCCCUUCCUAUCGUGACCCUUGCGAGCAUUGCAGUUGCAAUCCCGAGCAUCGAACAGUCUAUGAUCAAUCAGCUGCUGCAUAGCAUCAACGAGGGCCUAAAGUAUGUUGAGCUCAUUGAAGAAAACCUCAGCCAAGAACAAGACAUUACCAAUGUAAGGAAGGCAGCGAAUAUCGUGUGGCUAGGAGUUGAUCUCUACCAUAGGUGGCUCGAUAUGGACCUCCGGAAGCUCUCUUGUCUCCAAGGGGACAGCCCGAGGGAUGUCCUUGAAACGCUCUCAGAGGCUGCAAAGAACAUGUUGGUGGAUUUUAAGGAGAAACCGGUGAAUGAAUGUUUGAUGGAAACUCCUUCAAGGUGGCCCAUUAAGGUUUUGGCGGCUCAUUCGAUGUACAGAAUUACCCAAACAAUGCUAUUAGACUGCAGAGAGAGCUGUGACGAAAACUUGAGCAGGAAGAUAUUAGAGACGCUGUUGGUGACUGUCUCGGAUAUUCUGGGAGCGUGUCUUACAAACUUAGAGCGGGUCAUAUCGAUGGAGUGCUGCAGGAGCACAAUUGAGGAAAGGAAAGAGAGUGUGCAGCGUGCAGGGGUUCUGAUUGGAAAAAUCGAGAAAGUGAUCGAAAUCCUCAGCCAUAGGCAUGUUCCGAACCUCAGUCUCGACCAGAUGGCUAGCAUCGACAAGUGGCGCACAUCAGACCACCUGAGAAAUCUGAACGACUCACCCUUGACAGCAUUUAAUGAGGUGAAUACGAAGGAUUCUAUCAAAAAUUCAGCUGAGCUGCACCUGUCUAUUGAGUACUCAUAACAUGUCCUGGAGAUGAGAACAUUUUCAAUAUAAAAGGAACAUUGUAAUGUAUGCUUGAAAGUGUAAUUGCAAUAGCACAGAAAAGCUGGCGACAUCUGCAGCACUACGACAUAUAACACCAGGUCAAGCUGCUGAUCAACUUUCGACCAAACUAGGAGGCAGCUACGGGAUAACGGGGACUAAUCACGACUGCUUCGGCUGCAGUCAGUCUGUCCUGGAGAUUCACUUGUUUUCGUUACCCGUUAUUAACUAACAACUGCCUGACAAUAUUUCAAUUAUCCAAGACUAGACCCGCAAUGUUCCAGCAGUCGAGUAGACUGAAUCAGUAUAGUUCUUCUUGAUCAAUCAAACCUCUGAUUCCUGGUCUUUUUUGUUUGUACAAGGUUGCAGUUCAGAUGUGCAGUCUGCAGCUAGCAGCUAUAACAGAUAAAUUAAGGCACAUGUGCCAUGCCUUUUUUUUUUUUUAAAAAUUUCCUAUUAUUUUCUCUUGUUCUUACUUCCUGCAGAAGAUAUGAAAUAUCAGUUUGGAUUUUCUUUUCCACCA